GCGGGGCCGGGCGGGGCGAGCGCCGCAGCGGGACCGGCCGCCAGCUCCCGCAUCGCCGCACCGGGCCCCGCAGCCCCGCGGCCCCGCCGGGGCCAUGGCCGAGAUCACCAGCGUCCAGCCCGGCUUCGAUGUGUCCCCCGUGGUGGCAGGACUCAUUGGAGCCACCGUGCUGGUGGUUUCUGUCUCAGUCACGGUCUUUGUGUGGACGUGCUGUCACCAGCAAGCAGAAAAGAAGCACAAAACCCCCCCCUACAAAUUCAUCCACAUGCUGAAAGGCAUCAGCAUCUACCCCGAGACCUUGAGCAACAAGAAGAAAAUCAACCGGAUCCGCAGAGACAAGGAGGGAGGCAGGGGGAACCUCCUGGUGGAUGCUGCUGAGUCUGGCUUGAUGGGCCCCACCAAAGCUCCAGGUGGACCCCCACAAGUCGACCAGCUCCCCAUCAAAGUCGAUUACGGAGAUGAACUCAGCCCAGAUCAAAGCCUCACUCCGGGAGGGAGCAAAACCUCCUCACCUUCUUCCCCGGGCGACGACGUCCUGCUGGGAGACCUGACGUUCUCCGUGGACUACAACUUCCCCAAAAAAGCUCUGGUGGUCACCAUCCAGGAGGCUCAUGGGCUGCCCGUGAUGGACGAGCACACGCGGAGCUCCGACCCUUACAUCAAGAUGACCAUCCUGCCCGACAAGAGGCACCGCGUCAAGACCCGCGUGCUCCGCAAGACCCUGGAGCCCGUUUUCGACGAGACCUUCACCUUCUACGGGAUCCCCUACAGCCACCUGCAGGACCUGGUGCUGCACUUCCUGGUGCUCAGCUUCGACCGCUUCUCCCGCGACGACGUGAUCGGGGAGGUGAUGGUGCCCCUGGCCGGGGUGGAUCCCAGCACCGGCAAGGUGCAGCUCACCAGGGAGAUCCUCAAAAGGAACAUACAGAAAUGCAUCAGCAGAGGGGAGCUGCAGGUGUCCCUGUCCUACCAGCCCGUGGCACAGAGGAUGACCGUGGUGGUGCUGAAAGCCAGGCACUUGCCAAAGAUGGACAUCACCGGCCUCUCAGGUAACCCCUACGUCAAGGUGAACGUUUACUACGGGCGCAAGCGCAUCGCCAAGAAGAAGACGCACGUCAAGAAGUGCACUUUGAACCCCGUCUUCAACGAGUCCUUCAUCUACGACAUCCCCGGCGAUCUCCUGCCCGACGUCAGCGUGGAGUUCCUGGUGAUCGACUUCGAGCGCACCACCAAGAACGAGGUGGUGGGCAGGCUGAUCCUGGGCGCCCACAGCGCCGGCGCCGCGGGCACCGAGCACUGGCGCCAGGUCUGCGACAGCCCCGGCAAGGCCGUGGCCAAGUGGCACAGCCUGAGCGAGUACUGAGCCCUCCUGGCACGGGUGGCACACCCGGGUUUAGCUGUAGGACUAAAGGACUUGGCGCUGAGGAGCAGCAGCUGGUUGGUUCUUGGGGGUGUUCUCAGUUUAGGCAGGGAGAAAGGAGAGUUUCCGAGCAGGCUUCAGCAUUGCUGGUUUGCAAAAGGGUCGUUCCAAGGAGAAUUCCAGCUGGAGCAGUGAGGGAUAGAGGGGUUCCACUUCAACAAGUGAGAAUGAGCAGAAGAAGGGCCAGGAAGAAGUAAGGAAGUGAAUCUACAAAGAAAAAACCAGAAAUAAAAUUAGAGGGAUAGCAGCAUAAAAAGGAAAAUGAGAUGGGGACCCAGGGACAAGACAGGCAAAGCAUUGAGUGAGCUGGCAGGAAAGGGAGUCACUUGUAUUAACUUGUGUUCCUGGGAUCCUAAAAACCUUUAGCCUGGUUGGAAACUCUCCUUUCUCCCUGACUAAACUGAGAAUACCCAUAGGUUCUCUCUGACUAAACUGAGAAUACCCAUAGGUUCUCUUUAGUGACGUGGUUUUUGCAGGGCACUAAAAAUUCUAAGGAGCAUUAAAACAAAUGUACGAUGGGGAAUAAAUAAUGAUGAAUAAAUAAUUAAAAAGAAAAAAAAAGGUACCACGAAUAUAUAUAACAGUGUAAUCACGCUAUUGCAUGCCUACUACAAACUGAAAUUAGUAUAACUGCCAAUAUCAAGUUGCAGGUUUGAAUACAAUUAUCUGUCACUAUGGAAGUCGUGUUUGUGCCGAGCUGUCUUUGCUGGUAUUCACCAAGAUUGGCCUGUCUUCGUUAGGCUUCUCCCAAAGUUUCUGAAUUCUGCUGUUUUAACCUCUAGUUUCUUGUUAGUUUUUGCCUGCCCAUUGGUUCUUGCAGUUCCGUUCUGUGCUGGUUUGGGAGUCCCAACCACGUUUCCAUGUAGAGCUGGGUUUGAAUUCUGCACUGGCACAAAAGGAGAAUACGGGGGAGAUGGCACUGGCCUCCAGAGAAAUCCUCGUUGUGAUGGAGCCGGGGGAGCUGUGAGCUCACAACAUCCAAGAAUUGACUCUUAAAAUCCACGGGCAGCACCUCACAGACUGCAGGAACCGGGGGAAUCCUGCUCAGGUUCAUUUUACUGAAUCCUGUCCGUGCACGAAGGGCCCAAGGAAACCCAAAAUCUGAUGUGUCACUGCUUGGUAAGGAAACUUUUCAACAUCACCAAUUCUGAUCGUUUCUGUUUCAUGGCAGAACAAAGCUGAGAGUGGCAGAAAGGUCCCCGAGGGCAGAGCUUGUCCACGAAAAGGUGACAAAGCUUUUUUGGAGUCAAUUUGCAUCAAACAUCGUCCUGCAGUCACCUAAAACCAAGCCCAGGGCAAAGCCUGGCACUAAAAACGUGCUUUGAGGGCAGCUUGGGGAAUCCUGAAAUCCUGAAAUCCUGACUGAUUUCUGAGCCUGGGAUCCAGGGGAAGAUGGGCCUGCAGGGUCAGGAAUUUAUUUGGGACAAGAAUUUUAACCUUGCAGAGGCAGGAAUUUAUUUGGGACAGGAGUUUUAACCCUGCAGGGUCAGGAAUUUAUUUGGGACAGGAUUUUUAACCCUGAAGGGUCAGGAAUUUAUUUGGGACAGGAGUUUUAACCCUGCAGAGUCAGGAAUUUAUUUGGGACAGGAGUUUUAACCCUGCAGAGGCAGGAAUUUGGGACAGGAAUUAAUAAAAUUUGGCAUCUGCUGGAGCUGCCUUUGGAUGCAAGCAGAGCAUCCUGGAUUUGGGUAUUUUGCUCAGAGCCCAGCCAGGGCACAGAUAAAGCUGAUUAAUAUCUGGCAGCAAAUUAUUCAUGGUAAGCUGUGUUGGUGGAUUGAGCAGAAAUAAUGAAAAUUCAAAUUAUUCCUGGGCUCUCCAGUGGAAAUGGAGAAGCAGAAUUGAGUUUGCAAAAAGGCUCCUCGACAGCUUCAGGUUUUCAGGAAAAUCUUUGGUUGCUCUGAGCCCUCUGGGAUGCAAAUAGGAAUGCAAAUAACAGAUUAAAACUUUUAAAAAUUAAAAUCAUUUAAUUACUCACACCAUUCAACUGCUGAAUUUUACAUCCCUGUUGGAAAAAGGAUCUUUUUCACCUCCUCUGCCCUGAAAUGGGAAUAAUGAGCGAGGCUCUGCUGGUUCCCCACGAGGCAGCAGCCCUGUGUGAACAGACAGAAUUUUGGCAUCUUUUCCUAAGGCAUUUUGUGGUAAAAAAUCUGAUUUUUCUCACCCGCUGGGGCUCCAUUUCUCAGCAGACACAAGCGUGGAUUUUUUUCCCCCUUCACCCAUCCACGACCAGGAUUUCUGCCUGAGGUUGUAGUAGAUUUUCUCAGCGUCUUAAAUUUCUUCAAUUCUUCAAUUUAUUCAAUUUAUUAAAUUUAUUGAAUUCCUUCUAGCUCGAGCUCUGUGGCUCAGCAAACAAGUUCCCCCCCAUUGGAAAUUGCUGUAAAUCUCUUUCAAUCCUCAUUUUUUUGCACUAAGCAAUUGCAUUGUUGCAAUUCAAGCAACUUUUCACCGAUUUUUCCUCAGAAAAUGCUUUCCACUCCAAAGAUCUGACCACGAUUAAAAGCAGCAACAAAAAAUUCAUUUAUUUUUUUUUCCCUUCGGUGUGAAAAGCAUGGCUAAGUCUAGAUGAUUUUAAAAUUCCUUCGGUUGCAAAGGAAAAAUGAAUUUUUUGUCGAGGAAACAUGCUCAGGGUAAAUAGACUUAGGCUGUCGGGCAGGUAGGAGUAGCUCCAACACUCUUCUGGAAUAAUAGGAAACUGAAAAAUGUGCAGAUAUAUAUAUUUUUUAAAAACAUAAAAUAGACAGUAAAGUGACAGCAGACUCACUGUAAAAUCUCCCAGGUGUGGUUAUUCUUUACCUUGUGUCUUCUGUUGUAAAAUGAACUUGGACAGUUACAACUUUGUGUGGAGAAAUGAAAAAAAAAAAAAAAUAAAAUUACAAAAAAAAAAAGGCAAAAAAAACCCGAACUCAACCUGUGUGAAACUGCAUAAUGCUAUCAGCUAACCUACAUUCUGUAAUGCUACCUUGUAUGUUGGAUUUGUUAACGCACAUUGAGCGUGCAAAAUAAAAAUUAAAUCACUUUAAUUCUG